AUGUCGUCUUCAACAUCUGCUACAGAAAUUAAUCAAAAUGUUUUACCAGAUGAUAUCUUUCAUUAUAAUAAUGAUCAAUUUUAUAAUUAUAUAUUACAAUCGUAUGGUGAUGAUCUAGCUGAAUUAUUCCGAUUUCAAGCCAUUCGUAAUGGCUCACAUAUUCUUCAAGCAUCAUGUGAUGCUAUUUUGUUAAUCUUACAACAAGAAUCUGAUGAAAUUGAUAAACUUCGACAAUUAUGUUGUUUUAAAAUUAAUAAAGAUAAAUAUGAAAUAAAAUUAGGUGUUAAACUUGCAAUUAAUAGUCUAAUUGGAUUAUUAAAGGUGAAGCAAGAAGAACAACAAAAGAAGAAAAAAAAGCACAUUUCAACUAAACGUACAUCAUCCAAUAUUGAUACAUUAAUAUCUAUGGAUGAAACUCAAUCACAAGAUGAAAUGACUACACCAACAACAAUAACCGUUUCACCAGUUACUGAUACACAAUCAACAAUAACCGUUUCACCAGUUACUGAUACACAAUCAACAAUAAUCGUUUCACCAGUUACUGAUACACAAUCAACACAAUCAAAAUUACCAUUAAUACAAAAUCGUUUCAAUGAAAUUGAUCAUGUAAUAGAUAUUGAACAACGGAUAAAUAAAUGGUGGUGCACCUUUAAUAAUGAUAAUAAUUUAUUAUUAUCUGAAGGUACACAUUUUCUCUUGGAAAUCAAUAAAUCAAUAAAUGAUACAUAUGCGUGCAUUUUAUCCUGUCAAUGCCGUAAUCGAUUCAAGCUACCAUUUAUGACAACAGGUUUUUUUAAAUUAUCAGCGUAUUUUCGGCAUUUAAAAGAAAAACAAUGUUUAACACGAUCAAAGGCUGCAGGUAAAAAAGAUAAUCGUUUAAUUAUCAACGAAAAUUCUCCUGCAAAUCGAUCAAAUAGUUCUUCAAAACGAACUCGAUCACCAUCAAAACAAGCAGCAUCAAAUACAAAUGAAAAUAUCUUAAAAAAGAGUAAAUCAUUAAAUAAUAAACAUAGUGAUCAAGAUUAA